AGGCCGCUUGUCCACGAUCAGAAUAUUCGCCGUUAGCUUGUUCCGGUGAACUUGCCGGAUAGGUUGGUUAUAUCCUUAUAUAUAUUCAUGUGUGUCCACGAGCCGGCACGUUUUUUCGCCGGAUACGGUACCGUUUGCACUACCGGAUUCCCACUGUAGAGACGGCAGCCGGACGGCGCGCCGUGAUGCAGUUAGGACAUGUAUCAACGUGUAGGUUUGUAAACAAACCGUCAGAUUCACCGGUGUGGUCGCAUCAGCGGGCAGCGGCGGGCUACCCGAUAAGCGAUAACAUAGUCAGUUAUAUUUCGAUGCUUGAGGAGAGUGGUGCCGUGCGUAUAAAAUGAGCUUAGAAGUAAAUAUGGACUCUGAGGUUACUUAUACUCUAGUCCACGAAAGGCCGUCUUAUGGAUAAACUGUAGAUGAAUUAUAAAGACAAACGAUGACUUUGGAAAGUGGAAGGAAGUAUGCAGGCAAAUGAAAGAAGAUUUUGACUCUCUACCAGAUAAAGAUAGAAACGACAUUGGGAAAAUGGUAAUGAAAAAAUGGGCAAACAUAAGAGACAAUUGGAUGAAAUGCCAUAAAAAACUAAACGAGGAGAAAAAAUCUGGUGCUGGGGCGAAGAAAGUACGCAAAUAUUUGUUUUACGAAGAGCUACGAUUCCUUCAAAAAAUUGCAGAUCACCGAGUGACUUUUCAAAUAUUUCCGAAAAUGAUGACCAGUCUAAUACCGAAGCUUUCAAUGCCCAAACUGAUGCUGCCAUUGCGAUAGCCGAAACGCAAAAUCUGCCACGAGCAGAAAAAAAUAUUUGCACAAAAAAAAAUCCAAAAGCAAAGUAGGCUCUAAUGAUCUAGACGAGAAAAUGAGGAAGGUUAUCGAUGCUUCACUGGAACAGAACCAAACCCGAAUGAUGUCUUUUUUUCGGGGUAUUGCCCCAACAGUAGAAACAUUUUCUGAUGAAGAUAUCGUCACAUUUCAGUAUGAAGUGAUGAAAAUAAUUAAAAAUAUUACAUGCAAAAAACAAAGUAGUCAACAUUUUACACAACAAUCCGAAAGUUUGUUCCAUGAAUUACAUUCACCGCGUUAUGAAUUGCAAACCACAGCAGGUCCAUCAUCAACAACAGCCUCAUGGAGAAAUUCAGAUCAGUAUAAUCAAAGUUACUCUACAACACACAAUUCGCAACAGACAACGAACAUCAAUAAUUCUUCGGUCUGUGAACAGAUGUAUUCACAGACCUAUACUAGCCCACAAUCUAGUUGUUCCAAUGAUACAGUUUAUGAUUUUGCUACUUAAUAUGGUUUCCGUUACAGGUUUUUUUUAAUUAGCUCAAUGUUAAUUUGUGUUAUUACCUGUAUUGGUUAUCUUCAUGUGUCAAAUGAUCCUUAGAAUCCUAAUAAUUUAUCAAAAAUUCCCUUGACAUUCGAAAAACAGUUGGACAAACUUUUCUUGUCUUCUCUAAGCUUUUCGAAUAAUGUAUUAAAAGUUCCAAAUUUGAAUCUAUCUUGCAGCAAUGGCGGCACCCAGUAUCUUUUACGCCUUCGAUGUCUUUUUUUGUAAAA